UUUACUUUUUUUUUUUGGAAAUGGGUAAGAAGUUGCCCCCAACAGAGGAAGCAGGGGCAAUGAAUACCCGAGCAAGGCUGGGAUCCAGCAGGCGAGCAGUGAGCUAGAAAGCUGUGGUUGGUGCAGAAAAGAAAAUGGCUGCUACUGUAAAGAAAGUAAACAAGAAAGGGAAAGUUUUGCCAAAGGAGGAGGAGAUGGAAGAGGUGUCUGUGGAGAGUGAGGAGGAAGAAAAGCUGGAUGAGGUCCCUGAGUCAAGUCUGUCUGGGUUUGCGGCAUCUGAGCCCCCUGUGCAACAUGUUGCGGAACUACAAGUCUCUACAUCUGGAGCUUCAGCAAAGGUUGGUGAAUCCCAAGCUACUUGUGUCCCAGAGAGCACCCCCCAAGGAACAAGCAGGUCCCCCAUAGCUAUGGAGGAGGAAAGUCCUGUGGCCAGCGCAGACUGGAGCCCCUGGUCUGGUACUUGCAUCAGUCAGGGAGCAGAGGGGAGCAGUGCUUUGCCUGGGGAAAAGGAAGGUACAAGCGGCUGUACUGACACACAAGCAGCUGCUGCUAUGGACAGUGACCCCCAGCUGAGGGAGAAAGCAGGUACCAGCUGCACUGCUGUAAUGGAGGCGGGCCAUGUGCUUGGAAAGGAGGACGCCAUUUUGGAAGCAGAGACAAGCUUGUGCACAGCAAAGGGGAAGCUCUGCCCACCCAGUGAAAGCUGCAGAGAGUCCAGCAGAGACAGUAAGAAAGGAAAGAUUCCAGCAAAGAAUCAGGGAACCCCCCCACAAAUGGCACCGACUGCUACUGCAGCUUCAGCAGAGGGAGGAAUGGAGGCAAGCAUGGACUGUGGCUACCUGGCAGAGACUGUGGCUUUACAGGUGCUGGAGGAGAAAUCUGCAGCUAAAAUCACGGAGGAGGAGGUAAAGUUGGCGAUAGAGAGUCUGCAGAAUAAGAAAGCUCCAGGUCCGGAUGGCUUAACAUCAGAAUUCUAUAAGAAGGGGUGGAGCACUUUUGGAGCUGUCUUUACCAUUAGAGAGGCUCUGGAAUUAUGCAAAGCUCAUAGGUGGGGGAAAUACUUUCUGUGUUUAGAUCAGCCUUUGAUAGGGUGAAUCACCAGUACCUAUGGGCUGUUUUGUCUAAAUACGGUAUCCCGGGUCAAUUUAUUAAAUGGUUUAAAGUUUUGUACAAAGGGGGAAGAAGCUUCCCACUAAUAAACGGUUGGCAGGGUGAAGACUUCCAGGUUGGGCCAGGAGUAAGACAGUUGUGCCCUCUGAGUCCUUUGCUGUAUGCGUUUGCGUUAGAUCCCUUUCUUAGGUCGCUGCAGGAAAGUAACUUGGAGGGUAUCUGUGCACCCAGUGGUCAGCGCCUGAGGUUGGUGGCCUAUGCGGAUAAUGUGACAGUGGUUAUCUCAAAGCCUGAAGAGGUGGAGAGAGUCUCCUGUUGCAUCAGAAGCUACUCAGAGGCCUCAGGGUCUCUGGUCAACAGUGAGAAGUCGGAAGCUUUGUGGAGUUUGGAGGAAGAGCCCAGUUUUGAGUUAAGAACCUUCCCUGUUGCCUCCUCUCAAGUUAAAAUACUAGGGGUUAAAUUUGGGAGGGAAGAUAAUGCCAGGCUAAAUUGGGAAGAGAAGUUGGAUACCGGUUUGGCAAAAGUUCAGCAUUGGAAAGGGUGGAAGCUGACCUAUAGGGAAAGAGUUAACCUUAUCAAGACUUUUCUGAUCCCGUUGUUUUUGUAUGUGUCCUGUGUGUUCCCUUUGCCAGAAUCUUUCUAUGCUCGAAUCUAUAGCUUAUUCUUCCAGAUGAUCUGGGGGAGUAAGCUAAACCCAGUCAAAAGAGGGGUAACAUUCCUGCAGAGGAAGGAGGGAGGUUUGGGGAUGGUCUGUCCUGUGACCUUCUUUGGUGUCAUGUUCCUAAAGUUUAACUUUGGGGGUCUGACUCAAAGAACAAGCUCCCUGUGGGAAAGUUGUAUCAGGUCUUGGGCAUCAUCUUUUAUCAUGGACUGGCUGCAAGACGGUAGGGCGAAAGAGGUCCGUGUAAGACAGAGCUAUUUCCCACCACACAUUGCCCAUGCCCUUAAACUGAUAAAGAGGUGGGGCAUUGGGGUGGCAGAGAUCACAUCGACCCCGAGGAAACAAAUUUAUACUAGGGUACUAUCAACCUAUUUCUGUGUCCCGUUGGCCAUAAGGGACUGUACCAGUAAGAGCCUGGAGGAGACAUUGAAAUAUUUAAACAGUGUGAGACUCCCCGCAAAGCUCUUUGAUAAUGCCUGGUUGUCGCUGCAGGGCAAACUGUAUGUACAGGGCAAUGUAAAAUACCUGAGCCAUGUAAAUAAAGAGUGUCCCUGGGGGUCUGGGGUGGAGGAGAGUCAAGAGCACUUUUGGUGGAUUGUUCUGUUUCAUGUAGUUUAUAUGAGGGUGUGCUGAAGGUGUUGGGUAUUUAUAACAUAUGUGCCAAUGAUUACGCAGAGAGAGCCUAUGGACUUGUUCACAGGCAGCAUCACUAUAACAGAGAGACUGUAUAUAUUAUUUUGUCUGUGAUUUGGUAUAACCUCUGGUGUAUGAGAUGCAGGAAAACUAUCUGGAGAGAGAAUGAGUCAAUAGACAUUACAGUAAACAAAAUCUUAAGGGAAAUCAGUUUUAUUAAGAUCAACGAGAUACAAAAGAAAAGUGUGAAUGAGAAAUAUUGGAUCUCUUGGACUCAUACUUCUACGUUUUUUUGUAAAUAAUGUAAAUAUUGUCUUAUUGUAUUCUUCUGAUAUGUCAUGAUUUUGUUUUUGUUCUGUAAAAGUUUUUAAAUUUUAAUAAAAAUCCCUAUCUGA